AACAAUGACGAAAAACACUCUGAAAUGUGAGUGAGCAGCACAAAAAGAGACUACCUGAUCGACGCUGGUUAUAACCGUAGAACAUGGGAAGAUCCACCACAUCUUGCUUCAAGAUCAUUUCUUGUGGAGGUAGCGAUGAAUCUGUCGAUAAAGAUGAUAUUGAUGCUUCUUCCCAGAAUAAAGGUCCUGAUAAACGAGGAUGGAGUUUUCGGAAAAGAUCAGCCAGGCAUCGAGUUCUGAGCAAUACUGUCGUGACAGAAAUACCGUCUUCAGAGAACAAAGAGAGCUCAGUUACUGAAAUACCUUCUUCAGAAAACAAAGAGAUCUCAGUUACUGAAAUACCUUCUUCAGAGAACAAAGGGAGUUCAGUUACUGAAAUACCUUCUUCAGAGACCAAAGAGAGUUCAGUUACUGAAAUACCUUCUUCAGAGAACAAGGAGACCUCAGAACCUGUUACUGUUAGUUCUGAAGCACUUGUUAAUUCUACGAUAUCUGAGAAUCAAUGGACAGAAGAGAUGCCUCGGUUGUCAAAUUCGAUUACCAAGGAUUCUACAGUGUCAACUAUGACGAAAGAAGCUGCUUGUGAGGAUGACAUUAAGCGUGAAUUUGUUCCUGAUGAAUCAGCCACGACCGAAGCUGCUUAUGAAGAUGACAUUAAAUGUGAAUCAGGUCCUGAUGAAUCAGCCAUCCUUGUGAUCCAGGCUGCUGUUAGGAGAUUCUUGGCUCAGAGACAACUGAUAAAGCAUAAGAAUGUUGUCAAGUUGCAAGCUGCUGUGCGAGGGCAUUUGGUCCGUAAUCAUGCUGUGGGAACAUUACGUUGUGUUCACGCCAUUGUCAAGAUGCAAACUCUUGUUCGUGCUCGUUAUGCUAGUCUGUCUGCUGAAAGAUCGGCAGUUGGGGAGAAGGGACUGCAAAAUCCAGGAAUCAGUUCACAUCCAUCGUAUAUAUCCAUCGAGAAGCUACUAAAUAAUAAACUUGCUCGCCAGCUACUGGAAUCAACACCAAGGUCUAAGCAAAUCAACAUCAAAUGUGAUCCUUUAAACUCCGAUUCAGCUUGGAAUUGGUUGGAGAGGUGGAUGUCUGUGUCUUCACUAGAAACCGUCAAGUCACAUGCACCAGAACAGGAUCAAGACAAAGUUAAAAACACUGAAAACCAGGUGGAAACUGUAACUCUUCAUUGUGAAUCAACUGAUAUGACGUCAAAUGUUGGGGAAGCAUCGGUGCCAUCUGCAGGGCAAGAAAACUUGAUCGAUAUUGAACAAGAUUCUAAUGCACGAAACCAUGAAGAAGAAAAGCCUCAACCUGCAAACACAUGCACGCCAGACUCGAUGGAGAAGCCUGAUUCUUCACCAGAUGAAACUAUGCAUCUGAAUGCUGGAGCCCAGAUUGAGGUCAGUUCGAUUUCUGAGAAACCCGUAUCAGAAACUGAACCCAAACCCCCAGCACAAAGAUUUGCUACAGACCAAGCAGAUUCUGAGGGAAGGAAGUCUGUGUUUGGAUCAAGGAAGGCAAGCAAUCCAGCGUUUAUAGCAGCUCAAUCGAGGUUUGAGGAGCUGACUUCAAAGAGCAACCCGUUGAAAUCAGUUGAUUCUUUUAAUCAGGAUAACGAGGCAGGUUUGUCUGCAGAUAUCGAUUCUGCUGCUCCUGAAAAUGCAACCGUGAUGACAGAUGUUGAACGAGAAGAACAUUUGGUUGUGCAUAGUUCAAGGGUGGUUCUUAACAGUGGCUCAGAAUGUGGGACGGAGCUGUCCAUCACGUCCACACUUGACUCACCAGAUCAGUCUGAAGCUGGAAACAAGAAAUCUGAGGAGGAAGCUAAAGUUUUAGAUGAAACCGUUGGUGAUAUGAAUGGUAAUGAUAACAUAGAUGUUGAAGAACAUGCUUUUCCAAGUAGCAAUAAGACCUCUGACGAUCUGCUCAUGCCUGAAAAACACGACAGUGGUGAUGAUUCUGAAACUGAGAAACUAAAACCUGGCAAUAACAUUGAACAAAAGCUCCUCGAUAACAGUCCAUCUGAUGCAGACAUUGAACUUGAGCCCGAGUCUGGCCAUCAAGUUUACAAGUCUAAUGCACCCAUGGAGCUGGAGCAGGAAACAGUUCACCAAGCAUACAAAUCAUCAGGUGAAGCGUCUCCAAGAAGCCAUAUAACAGUCCCUGAAUCACAGGGAACGCCUUCUAGCCAGCUCUCAACUAACACUAAGAAGACUAGAAGCGAUAAAAAGGUAUCCAGUCAAAAGCGCAAAUCUUGGUCGACUAGCAAGAAGUCUAGUGUAACUUCUAGCCCUGAUUCUGGUUUAAGGAAUAGUUUGGAGCAAUUGCCAAAAGAUUCUAAACCUGGGAAGCGAAGAAAUUCUUUUGGUUCACCAAGACCUGAUCACAUUUAUCAAGAAGCAAGUGGUAAUAGCUCUGUCCCAAGCUAUAUGCAGGCAACUGAAUCUGCAAGAGCAAAAGCUAUUGCAAAUAGCUCUCCAAGGUCAAGUCCUGAUGUGCAAGAUAAGGAAAUUUAUUUGAAAAAGAGACAUUCCUUACCUGGUGCAGUAAAUGGUAGGCAAGGUUCGCCUCGUAUCCAGAGGUCCAUGUCUCAGGCACUGCAAAGCACAAAGGGAAACAGCAGUCAAGAGAGGAAAUGGCAGAGGUAAAGUUGUAAAGCAGCAAGUGAGAAUAUGUAAGAAUGGUUUCUGGUCCCUGUGUUUUGGUGGAGUGUGUGUUUAUUGUUUAUUGUUUUAUAUGAACUUGUUGAAGCUUUCUUUCUUCUCCAAUGGUCGGUCUGUCUGGCUGCUUGUGUAUUUGUUUUAAAACAGCAUUGUGCCAUUUUCUUGGGUUUUUUCUUUCUUUUGGUAAUUUUUUUUUGAUAUUUGGUUCAAACA